AUGGGCCGCUACACUUUCGGCCGACUGCACCUCCUCUUGCGAGGCUCCCCGGAGUAUGAGCCUGCUGCCGUAUCUCCGCACGCUUCGCUGGCACCCUUAGUGUACAAGCACUUCGAACUCCAGGACAUUGCUGGUCGACGUGUCUUCCUUUCAGAGGCACAGCUGGUGAUCGCCGACCCUUUUGCUGAGACUCAGCAGUGGCACAUGGAUGCCGCGACGGGACGAGGACUCUCGGUCUUCCUUCCGCUAAGCCACGUGGCCCCGGACCGGGGUCCUCAAGAGGUGCUGCCAGGCUUCCGCAGCCUCUGUGCCACGCACGGGGCGGUGCAGUCGGUGGCCGGAGAGCAGGUUUGGUCAGCAGGGGAUGCUCUCGUCAUGGACGCUGGCCUCCUGCACCGAGGCCUGCCGAACGACAGCUUGGGUGCCCCGGUGCCCAUGCUGGUCUUGAGAUACGACUUGGUGGACAAGCCUCCCCCAGGUUGUCGACGAAGUUGGCUCCUGACCAUGAGCCAAGUUGGGAGGAGCUUGUCGUCCGUUUUCCGGCUUUACGCUUGGAUGUAG